UUGAGUUUUCGUCCUUCGGUUCACUCUUUGUGUUGCUCUGUGUGCGACUUAAAUGGGAGAGCAGCCUGGGCAGAUUUUCACAAUUAGCCCUCUCAGUGACCAGGAGCAACAGGAAACCCUAUGAAAUAUUCAGAUUCCCGAUAGCAAUCGGAGCAGGUUAACGCCACCUAGUCUCAGGUCAAGGAAAGGUGGACUCACUGUUCGCGGGAUGCGAGCCACCGGCGGAGACGUGCAGCGGCUUUGCUCGGAGUGCCGGUAGCGCGCACACGGAACCAGUGAACGGCUGACUCACGGACUCGCGUCCGGUUCUCUUCUGAUGGUAGAGCGGACGAUUGCACCAGCGGGCUCGUCGGUACCACGUUUCCCCCCGGAGCCAAGAUGAUCCGGGCGUUUUUCCCCCUGAAGAAAAUGCGGCGAAAUUACAGAUACUUUCUGCUUGGGGCAAUUUUGCUGGUCGGAGCUGUGGCUGUCUACAAUGAAUUCAUCGCUUCAAGCGUGUGGAGAAGUGAUAGUAAUUCUGGGAUUGAGGACAGCACCUGGCAGAGACCCAUCCUUGACCAAACGGAUGAAGGCAAAAUGCAGUUGGCCUCAGUGGAAGAUUCAGAUGUUUGGAGUUCACGCUUCAACCCACAAACCUGGAAACCAGAGUUUAUUGGGCAGGCCAACCUGCAUGUGUUUGAGGACUGGUGUGGCAGUUCCAUUGCUGACCUACACAAGAACAUGCACUAUCCCCUGUAUCCCCAUUCCAGAACUACAGUAAAGAAGCUGGCCGUCUCCCCUCAGUGGACCAACUAUGGCCUCAGGAUAUUUGGUUAUUUGCAUCCCUUUACUGACGGAGACUUCGUUUUUGCUUUGAGCUCGGAUGACAAUUCAGAAUUUUGGCUAAGCACCGAUGACUCCCCUCUCAAGUUACGUUUGUUGGCGUGGGUUGGAAAGACAGGCAGAGAGUGGACAGCUCCAGGAGAGUUUGACAAAUAUGCCAGUCAGACCUCCAGGCCAGUUUGGUUGUCCUCGCACAGGAGAUACUUUUUCGAAGUUAUCCACAAACAGAAUGACAGGGGAACUGACCACGUGGAGGUGGCAUGGCAGCUCCUGAACCAAGACUUUUCUUUUACGGUCAUUGAAUCCAAUCACAUCUCCCUCUAUGUUGACGAAUCUGCCUUUUUGAUGAGCGACGUUUCCCACAUACCACAGACAGCUGCGAGCCACCAGCUCGCCCCCACUAAACAGCACAGCGCUGAGGCAGACAUGCUGAGGGAAGACCCGAGAGACGAGCUUUACCGAGUCAAUCUGAUGAACAGCGAGUACCUAGAAGGUGUGCUGCCAGAUUGUUCGUACAAACCCAGCUACAUAAUCAAAGACUUUCCUCUGAUGCGUUACCAAGGACUGCAGUUUGUGCACUUGUCCUAUGUCUUCCCAAACGACUACACCCGACUGACACACAUGGAGAUGGAAAACAGCUGCUUCUACUCUGAGAGCCCUGAAUACAUGAGAAUGUAUGGUUUCUCCAGGUACAUGAAUAUUGAUCAUCCAUUUGGGCAAAGACAAGAUGACAUGGAUUUUGCAAACUUGGUUUCUAACGAAGAGGAGGAAAACCUACACAACUACAUUGAUGAGACUGAGAAGAAGAGCAAUCUGAAAAAAACAAAAGAUAACGCCCUUUACCCAGACUAUGGAGACAAUUAUGACAAUUCUGUUCUGAAGCAAAGGCGCCACCUCUUAUCCUUUGAUAACCAAGAACAAAACAGCACAAAGGGCAAACCCUCUGUGGCAAGGCUGCACACUCAGGGGCUGCAGGACACACAAGGGAAUCAUGCUACACCACAGCUCCCCUUGUUGCUAUCAAAGGUUGCUUUGAAACACCAGCAGCAAAACAAGACAGAAAUAAAGCAAAAUAGCUCUCUAAAGAAGGACAAAAAGAAACAUUUAAAAGUGCAUCAAGAAAAGAAGCAGAAAGUAAAUUUUCAGCGGAAAAUAGAUCCCCAGAUAAAGAAUGACAAAAAGCCGGCCAAGUCAGAGGGACUAACAACUUCUCCAUUAGAGCAACUCCCCCUUAAACAGAAUCUGAGCCUCAUCUCUUCUGAAAAAAAUCGUAGCAAAAUUCAGAAAAUCAAAGGCACACAGGCUCAAAACACAGCAGGACAAACUCUGGUGACAAAAAGAGCAGACCAGAAGAAGUUAGUAACCAGAAAGAGGGAGGUCCUUCCAGCCAACACCAAACAUUUUACGGCGUUCCGUGAUGAUGCAGUAAACUCAGAUCGCGUGGAAAGCAAUCCAGGAAAUCACAUCAGAGCUAAGGAGAUAGAACUAAACAUGCUUGUAAAUGGAGAAGAAAUGAAGAACUUCCACAAAAAUGUUAAGUCUUCCCAAAGAAGGACAUACAAGAAAAGUACAAAAACAGCAAGAGAAGAGGGCCUAGAAAGGACAGAGGACAACCCCUACAAGUCGACUGAGAUCAAGACACAAGCAAAUAAGGAAGAAAGACAGCCUGCUUGGUGGGAAGAGAACCACUAUAAUGCUGAUUAUGACAACUCGGAGACUCCUGCACCAGUGUUUGACGUUCAGGUCAACUGGAACCAAACCUUCAAGGUCAACCCCCUGAACCUUCAACGACUGCGUACAGAUUGGAUCGAUCUGCAGUGCAACGUUUCUGGAAAUCUGGUGCUGCAGCCCUCUGAUGCUCUGCCGAUAGUCAAGGCUUUCAUCGAUAGUUUAAAUGACAAGCAUUAUGGGCAGUUCACACUGGAGCGUGUGGUCAAUGUGAUCAAGCGUGUGGACAUGCCCCAAGGCAGCCGCUAUCUCCUGGAGCUGGUGCUGAAGGAUGCCAAAGGGCAGCGGCUGCGCUUGUCUCACUACAUCUAUGGCCUGAAGAAAUACAGCAAAAAAAACAGCUGGGAUUUUGGUUUCCAUGCAUCCCAGUCUAAGACGAUUCUGUGUAACCCGGUGGGCUUUCGCUGGAAUCCCUCUGCCACCGUCCACUUCAUCGUACCUGUGAAAAACCAGGCUCGGUGGGUGCGGCAGCUGAUCGAUGAUAUGGAGCAACUCUUUAGAGAAACGGGAGAUUUCAACUUCAAUCUGAUUAUCACAGACUACAGCAGCACCGACAUGGACGUGAGGAAUGCGCUUGAGAAAUCUUCACUCCCCAGGUACCAGUACGUGAAGUUAAGUGGGAACUUUGAGCGCUCUGCUGGUCUCCAAACUGGUAUCGAUCUUAUAAAAGAUGACAACAGUAUUGUUUUUCUGUGUGAUCUUCACAUCCACUUCCCUCCUUCGAUCAUUGACACCAUCAGGAAGCACUGCAUUAAAGGGCACAUGGCUUUUGCUCCGAUCGUUCUCAGACUGGACUGCGGCACCACUGCGUCAGAAGCCAAAGGUUACUGGGAGGUCAACGGUUUUGGCUUGCUGGGGAUCUAUAAGUCUGACCUGGAUUCAAUAGGAGGGAUGAAUACCAUGGAAUUCAAAGACCGUUGGGGAGGAGAAGACUGGGAGCUACUCGAUAGGAUACUUCAGGCUGGGCUGGAAGUGGAGAGAAUCUAUUUGAGGAACUUUUUCCAUUAUUAUCACUCCAAACGUGGCAUGUGGAAUCGGCCAGUGUCAACAAGCAACAGGUGACCCUGUUACCUGCUGCUGCACCAUGGCAUCACCGUGGUUAUAACCAUGGUAACCAGAGCACUUUAAGGACUCAAUGUUUCUUUGGAACACCUGCUGACAGGGGGAGACAGACUUUAGAUUGGGUACUUUCUUCGUUCACUCAGGUUUUGUAAAGCAGGGAGUAGAGGUGAAGUUUUCUGCAGGCAAAAAGCUACUGUUCCAGAGUUUAUUUGAGAGAGCUGACUACUGAGAGGUUAAAUCUCCGACUGUGGGAUCUGACCUGUGAAGAUGCUGCUGUGCACAACGUUUCAAAUUGAAAUCCUGAUCUGCACUACAGGCUGCUCAGACGCUCGGCACCGACUCCAAAACUGAGCUAUAGAAGUCACGCUCCAGGCGUAAAUGCGCAAUCACACAAAAGGAAUGUCCCAAAUGAUCUAAAGUUUAGAUUUGGACAUUGCUCUGACAAAGACAGAGAAAUGGUUUACGUUUAAAAAAAAUGGUUGUGGUAAAGUUACAAACUAUAGUUUGAUUGCUUGAACAACAAACGCAGCCUUUCCAGCUUUUUGUCAGUUACAUGAAAAUGUGAUAUUUGUUGCAUCAUUUUUUUCUUUUGUUCAAACCAGCAAAUACAUGCAUUUGUUUAGCUUGACGUCUGAACCUCAAUUUACCUCUUUAGACAAUUUUUUUUAAAUGUUUUUUGUUCUCAUUUCUUGGUCCUGAAAAUCUGUGCUCUCCUGUAUUUGUUUCAGCGUAAAAGUUUGAAAAGGUUUUAAAACUGAAAGGUUUAUUUUUUGUUGAUCUUUUAAGCCAACGUUUAAAGAAAGGGCACAAUUUAUUUAAAAAAGGUUUUUUACAAGCUCAAUGCCCUAACAGCAAUAAUAUGACUACUGUUUUGUUGCUCUUCCUCUGACAUGAUGAUUUCUCUUACUACUGCCCCAACACUCCUGUAUGCUAGGAUAACAGCAAAGAGUUGCGUAACUCAAGUCUUUUUCUUUUUUUUUCUGACUCUCACAAACAUUUUGAUGCAUUAAGAUGAUUGAGAUUGACAACAAAUAUGUCCAUUUGGCCAAAACAGGUUUGUUUUUUUAUUUAAUGAAUCUCACAGCUGUACUUUAAGCAAAUAUUUUUAUACAAAGAUGGUACCUAUGCUGUGAGGAUUAAAAAAAUAUUUAUUUUUCAUAUGCAUUUUUCUGACUGUUCACAUUCCAGUUAAAAAAUGUGCCUUUUCUGUUUGUAAUUUAAAAAUAAUCUAGGAUUUAGUGUUUUGAGAGGACGUAGAUGAAUUAAACUUCUACAAGUGGUGCAAUCUU